UCUUCUCUCUGUGAUUUUCACUGCUUUUGCAGAAGAAAGACAAAUAUAUUUAGUUCUAAUGGAAGGUGAACCAGUUGCAUUUCAUGGUGCCAUUCAGCCCCACCAAGAAGGAAAAAGACUUGACCCAAAUAGUGAAGUUUCCAAGGCUCAUGCAAAAAGCUUGGUAGAUUCUCAUGACAGAGUUCUACAGAACACUCUGGAAACAGGAAGCUACAGCAAACUCUACAGCUUCAAAUACAUCCUUAAUGGCUUUGCUGUACAUACCACGCCUUCUCAGGCCAAGAAACUCAAAGGUUUUCCUGGAGUGAAGUCAGUGGAGACAGACAGGGCAACAAAGAUGAUGACAACAUACACUCCUCAGUUCUUGGGGUUACCGGAUGGAGUUUGGACUCAAGAAGGAGGAGACAGAAACGCCGGUGAAGGGAUUGUCAUUGGCUUUGUUGACACUGGCAUUAACCCAUCACACCCAAGUUUUGCUUAUGAUCCGAGGGAACCCUUUUCUUCCAAUAUCUCUCGUUUUUCGGGUGCAUGCGAGGCUGGACCGCAGUUUCCGCCCAGUUCUUGUAAUGACAAGAUAGUUUGUGCCAGGUUCUUCUCCGCCGGAGCUCAGGCGGCCACUCAGCUUAAUGCUUCAGUGGAUAUACUUUCACCAUUUGAUGCAGUUGGACAUGGCAGUCAUGUGGCCGCCACGGCUGCCGGAAAUGCUGGGGUUCCGGUGAUGGUGAAUGACUUCUUUUACGGGCGAGCCAGUGGGAUGGCGCCACGUGCUCGAAUUGCAGUUUAUAAGGCAAUCUAUCCAACAAUUGGAACCCUUGCAGAUGUGGUUGCAGCAAUUGAUCAAGCAAGUACAGAUGGAGUGGAUAUCAUAAACCUCUCAGUUGGACCAGAAGAACCCCCAGAAGACAGUGUCACAUUCCUAGGCAUUUUCGACAUCGCCAUGCUGUUCGCAAGAAGAGCUGGUAUAUUAGUGGUGCAAGCUGCAGGAAACCAAGGACCAGGUCCUUCAACAGUUGUAGCUUACAGCCCCUGGGCUGUUGCUGUAGCCGCUUCUACCACUGACAGAAUUUACCCUGCUUCUCUUCUCCUUCCCAACGGUCUAAGCAUUCCUGGUGUGGGGUUAUCAGCAUCAAGCUCUGGAAGUGGGUCAUCUUCGUUUUACAAGCUAGUAAUGGCUAAGGAUGCUUUACAGCCAAAUGGGACGUUUCCAUGGACUCCACAGUAUGUUGAAGAAUGCCAGUAUCCAGAAGCAUUGGAUCCUGCAGUAGUCAGGGGCAGCAUUGUGGUCUGCAGUUUCUCCGCUGGCUUCUUCAACCAGACAUCGUCCCUGACUGCCAUCGUGGACACUGCAAGAACUCUUGAAUUCAUGGGGUUUGUCCUGGUUGCAAACCCAACAUAUGGAAAUUUCAUCGCCCAGCCCAUCCCACUCUCUGUUUCCGGAGUUUUGAUCCCCAAAGUUGCUGAUGCAAAGAUUGUACUGCAGUACUAUGAACAGCAGACAAUCAGGGAUGGAAGAGGGUUUGUGACAUAUUUUGGCGCAAGGGCUGCCAUAGGAGACGGCAGGAUUGCUUCCUUUUCUGGACAGGCACCAGUUGUUGCCAGGUUCUCUUCAAGAGGACCGGAUUUUAUUGACAGUAACAGGAGCCCCACCGAUGUUCUAAAGCCAGAUAUUCUUGCUCCAGGCCACGAAAUCUGGGCAGCUUGGAGUCCCAUUAGUGCCUUGGAGCCCAUACUGACAGGGUAUGAUUUUGCGCUGUUGUCCGGUACAAGCAUGGCUACACCGCAUGUUGUUGGAAUAGCAGCUCUGAUCAAGCAAAAGCAUCCUUCGUGGACUCCAUCAAUGGUAGCAUCCGCCAUCUCUACCACAGCCACCCAGUAUGACAACACCGGGGAGAUGAUAAUGGCAGAAGGACUUGAGAUUGGUAGCUUGUUUCCCUCCACUUAUUUUGAUUCUGGCGCUGGAUUCGUCAGUCCCUCUCGUGCCAUGGAUCCAGGCCUCGUCUUAAAUUCAGAAUUUGAAGACUAUAUUGGUUUUCUCUGUUCAAUGCCGGAAAUUGAUAGGGCAGCCAUCAGAGUUGCCACAGGUGUAUGGUGCGGUCAAGCACUCAGCCACCCAGCAAACCUGAACCUUCCAUCAGUGACGGUAUCUGCACUGACAAGAUCACUAACAUUGCGUCGAAGUUUCAGGAAUGUAGGAGGGAAACCUGAGACAUAUGUUUGCUCGGUAAUAUGGCCUAAUGGGACAACAGUCGAUCUGUUUCCACCCUCGUUCACCAUAGCAUCAGAUGGAACUCAGGACCUGUACAUUGAAAUCAAUGUGACUCUGGCAAGAAAUGAGUUCAGCUUUGGCUUAAUUGUUUUGACGGGGAGUUUGAAUCACAUCCUGAGAAUGCCUUUAUCAAUUAAUCCAGUUUCCAUAUAUUAAAUGAAAUUGAAGCAGCUAUUUUACCGUAUCUUUGUAACACCAUGUUCAUAGAGGACGGUAAUGGAAGUUUUACAACAAAGAAGUAAACUGCGAAUGCAAGAUAAAUGCUGAAAUAAAUAUAGAAAAAUCAU